AUGCUUCACGGCACUGCACAGGGCGACGAGAUGAUACUUGACGUUAUCGACGUCAACGUCCUUUAUGGCAACGAUGUCUGCGGUGAUUUUAGUGAGGCCUGUUUUGAAAUCACUAUCAUUCCAUGGUUGGUCUCCUUUUUCAAGGCCAUGCUCUCUCAGCUUCUUGAGCUUAUCGGUGACGUCAGUGUUCAACUGCUUCUGAAGCUUUUUAAGCUCUUCGGUGAUUUGGGUGACGCCUUGGUCUAUUUCACCGGGUUGAUCCUUCAAAUUUUGUUGUUGAGAAUUAAGGUCACUAUUAAUUUUUGCGAGGCCUUUUUCAUUGUGUUCUUUUUUCCAGUCACCGCCGCCAAGUCCAGUGUCCCUCAGAUCCUCCAGUGA